AUGAAGACCGCUACCGCCCUCGCCGCGGCUCUGUUCGCGGCGCGCUCCUUUGCCACCGACCCUCUCACUGCCGACAAGGCCGAGGCCGAUAUCCUUACCAAGGAGCUCGAGCGUAACCUCUGGAACUUCAACAAGAUUGCCCGCGAAAACGGCGGCAACCGUGCCUUCGGUCUUCCUGGAUACAAGGCUUCCUCAGACUACAUUCUUGAGCGUGUCCAGGGCCGCUUCCACAAGCAGCUUGACACCAAGAUCCAGUACUUCAACCACACCUUUUCUCAGACCCGUGAGCUCAAGGUCACUGGCCCUGACGGCGAGGAUGUUUACGCCGUUCAGCUCCAGUACAACCACCCCACUACGCUCCCUGGUGGUGACACUGCUCCUCUCAUCGACAUUCCGGUUGACGAUGCGCGAGGCUCUGGCUGCUUCGCCGACCAGUGGGAGGGCAUCGAUGCCACCGGCAAGCUCGCUCUCGUGAAGCGUGGUGUCUGCGCCAUCGCCGAUAAGCUUAAGCUCGCCAAGGCUGCCGGCGCCGUCGGCGUCAUCCUCUACAACCAGACCCCCGGCACGGACAUUGGCUCCGCCACCCUGAGUGCCGAGAACCUGGGCCUGCUGGUGCCCGUCGGCCUCAUCCCCCUCGAGGUCGCCACCGCCUGGAAGGAGCGCAUUGCCGCUGGCGAGACCCUCGAGGUCAACCUCCUCGUCGAUGCCAUCUGGGAUGAGCGCGAGACCUGGAACAUCAUCUCCGAGACCAAGGAGGGCGACCCCAACAACGUCAUUGUCCUCGGCGCCCACUUGGACAGUGUCCAGGCCGGUCCCGGUGUCAACGACGACGGCUCCGGUUCCACCGCCCUCCUCGAGAUUGCCGGCUCCUUCAAGAAGUACUCCGGCUUCAAGAACAAGGUCCGCUUCAUCUGGUGGGGUGCCGAGGAGAGCGGUCUCGUCGGAUCUCUCUACUACACCUCCAAGCUGUCCGAGGAGGAGGCCGACGCCAUCCGCUUCUACUGGAACUACGACAUGAUUGGCUCCAUCAACCCCGUCUACGCCGUCUACCGCGGCGACAACCCGGGCGACAACUUCGGCGCCCAGCCCAUCCACGAGUACAUCGCCGCCCAGGGCAAGCCCGCCAGCUACGGCGGCUUCGGCAGCAGCUCCGACUACGUCGGUUUCCUCCAGCUCGGUAUCCCGUCCUCCGGCAUCUUCACCGGUGCCGGCGCCCCGACCGACCCCUGCUACCACUUGGCCUGCGACACCCUCGACAACAUCAACUGGGACGCCCUCACCAUCAACACCAAGGCCGCCGCCCGUGUUGCCGCCGACUUCGCCAACGAGCUGCCCGCCGGUCUCCCCCGUCGCAGCAAGACUACCCCCGCCCGCCGCAGCCGUGAGGCCAUCCGCCGCGAGUUCCAGAAGUGGGCUCUCGCCGCCGAGCAGGCUGACCACGCCAAGAGCUGCUCCCACGGCGACGAGCACGUCGUUUAA